ACAAAAAACAUAAAUAAUCCGAAUAACAAAUUUUGCCAAGUUGUCACCAAAUAUUAAAAUUUUUUUAGUAAAUUCUGAUAAAAACGAAGUAAAUUUAAUGUGCUAAUUUAGUAUAUUUAUAUGCAAGCAAUAUUUAAUAUUUGUGCUCUACAAUGUCCUGGUUGAAUAAUAGUUUGAGCACUAUCAAAGGUCAAUUGACGACUUUGGCGCAAGAGGUACUAGCGGAAACUGCAGGCCCUGGAGAUGAAGAUUACCGCGGUCCGGUGGAUACUAGAACAGCCGUCGAGUUACUUGCAGUUACAGAAAAAGAAAAAGAAGAGUUAAAUAAAGUAUGCAGUCAACAAAAUGAUGAAAUUUCGAUACUUCGCAAACAGAUUACAGAAUUACAAAACAAAAUUAGCGACAGUGGAGGUGGCAGUGCUUCAACUUCAGCGGCUUUCAAAGCGAAAACAGCAAAGUCGGAUGAAAAUGCACAGCUUGAAGACAGUUGGUGCUGGGAACCAGACAAUAUCAAGCUCGACACUCGUCACAGUUCGGAAACCUCAAGCGGCAAUGGCAACGAUUUGGUUAAUGUUACAUUGGAAGAUGUGUCAAUGGGUAAUGCCACACAAACAGCGCAUGCAUUACAGUUGCGUUUGGAGAAAUCGGAAGCAGAAAAUAAAGAUUUGAACACUGCAUUAGAGGAACUAGAUGAACAACAUAACCUAGCUAUGCAAAAUGUGCUUGAGUUAAAAAAUGAAUUGCAAGAAAAGCUAAACGUUGUAACUACAAAUUAUAACAUCCUUAAGGAAGAGCAAGCCGAUAAGUUUAUAUGUAGUGAGCUUGAGUUAGGAAAAUUGAGGAAAGAAAUUGAGAAACUUCAAGGCGAUAAUAAAACAUUAACAUUUGAAAGAACCGAUAUACAAAGAAAAAAUGAGGAUUUGGUGCAAAUGUUAAAGAUAAAUGAAGAAGAUAUGUUAGAUUUACAAACUUUAUUAGAAAAGAAAGGUCAGGAUAAUAUUGAAUUAAUAGAAAAAGUUAAAAUUGCCAAUAAAGAAACAGAAAAAUCUGAAGAUGAACGCACAGAAUUAUUGCAACGACUUGAACAGGUAUUGAAAGAAAUAGAAGAGUUGAAAACAAUAAAAGAAAAGAAAACCUCCGAAUCAUCCUCUAGCUCGAUGGGUAAGCAAAGCGAAGAUGAGUUUAUACUAGUUGGUAAAAGUGAUACAAAUUCCUCUGGUCCUACAACACCCCCAACAAAAGAGGAAUUGAAGGAUAAAAUUGUACAAUUGGAAAAUCGCGUAUCAGAACUAACGUUGGAAAAUGGUAGCUUAGCAUUGAAAUUAAGAGAUCAGGAAAUACCAAACAAUUUACAAAGCCUACAAAGUUUAGAGGAGAAAUGCGAAGCACAAGCAGAAAAUAUAAAAAUGCUACUAGCAGAACAAUUAGAGGCACAGGAGAAAAUUGAUGAUCUUAAAGAGCGAGCAGCAGAGGCUGUUAUUGCACAAGAACAACUUAAAAUUUUAACAGAAGAAAAAACACUUCUUUCAACGGAAUUGAAAGAAAGUAAGGAGAGUAUAAGUUCAUUGCUUGAAUUAAAGCAACGUUUGAUUUUUUCCGAAGAAGAAAAGGAAGCAUUGCAGGUAGAAUUGCAAUCUCUACGUACAGCACAAAAACGUGUUACAGAAUUGGAGUGUAAAAUCCAACAAUUGACGCUUGAAAAUCAGAAAUUUAAAUUAAAUGCGGAAGCGGAAACAGAAACAUUGAAUAAUAGUGCGGAACUUGAAGAUAGACUUAGGUGUUUAACGACGGAAAAUGAAAGUUUGCGCACAGAAUUGGAAAGUAUAGCACAAGAUAAAUUCCGUCAAGCGAUCGCAGAAGAAAAGCAAGAAAUUACAGAUCUGGAUGCAGAUGAGGAAGAGCCGUUUAAAUUAGAGAAAUUCCGUGAUGUACUUGAAGUGUAUGUAAAGCAAGAGACAGCUUUGAGCUCUGAGGAUUCUGUAGAUAGAGCUUUCAAAUCGUUACGAGAGAAGCUUUGGAAAAUUGAUGCUUUAGAAAAGAGUCUAGCACAAAUGUCUGAAGAUAUGAUUGAUCUACAAGAUGCAAAGUUAGUUUGGGAUCAUGAAAAGAAAACUUUAGAGGCAGAUAUUUCUCAAUACAUUUUACAGUGUGAUGAGUUAAUGAAAAACAAUGAAAUACUACUAAACGAAUUAGAAAAUUAUAAACGAAACAAGCUAGAGACUAUAUCGGAAAAUAACGAAGAAAAUAUUGUGCAAUUGGAAUCACAACUCGAGGAGUCUAUUAAACUUAAUACUACCUUAGAGAAGGAGUAUGUUGACUUGCGUGAUAAAAUCAGUGAAUUAGAGCAUGAGAAACUAGAAUUUGCUGAACAAAUAAAAACAAUGGAAAAAAUAGAGGAUGAACUUAAGCUGCAAAUCAAGGAUUUAGAAUUGGAAGUAGAAAAUUAUGAAUUGGAGAAAACAAAUUUAGUUUUUGAAAUGAACGAAUUAAAAGCUGAGGAUGAUAAGGAACAGAAGUCUGCACAACUACUAAAGCAAGUUGAGGAUAAAAACGAAAGUUUGGAAAAUCAGUUGAGUAGAUUAAGUAAAGAUCAUGCAGAUUUGGUUGCUGCGAUGCAAGCACAGAAAACUGCUUUGGUCGAAUCAAACAAAUUGCGAGAAACUUCUGAAAAUGAGUUAAGUUCGCUUAAACGACAAGCUUUGCAAGAAGAGCAGAAUAACAAAUUGGCAAUUGAAGAGCAGAAUAAAUUAGUAGAAAUAUUGACACAAAAUUUUGCGGCUAGUGAAGAAGAAAAAAGUAUUCUUAAGCAAGAAUUUUCAGCUAAGGAUAUUAUAAUCGAAACGUUGAGGAAGGAGUUAAGUAAUAAAGAUCAAUAUCAAACCCAAUUCAAUAAUGCUGAACAGCAAAAUCUGGAGUUAAAGCAAAAAAUGCAGGAAGACUUAAAAAAAUUAGAGGAGUUAAGAACAGAUCUACACGAAAAGUCUAACCAAUUAGAUGUAUUACAGCAAAAGUUUGAAAAUAUAAAAUCUAUAGAAGAAAACACCAUUAGCUUGUUUGAGUUUAAACUACUACAAGAAGCAAAAUAUUUGAUAGAAAAUCAGUAUGAAGAUUUGAAAAAAGAAUUUGAGUUACAAAGAGCAACACUGGAAGAAUUGCAAACUUCUAAAAAAGAUUUAGGAAGUGAAGCAAAGGCUUUAGCGCGUAUUGCAGAACUUGAAAGUCAACUGCUUGAUACAGCAGACUUACAAAAAACCAUAGAAACAUUAAAUUAUGAAAAAGGAGAAAUGAUCAAAGCACUGCAGCAAAAACAUUCCGAAAAUAUGCAGUAUUAUAUGGAAAUACAGCGUCUUCAGCCACUUGUACAACAGUUGCAGCAGCAACAACAAGAAAUGCAAGCAGCCAUUGCAGCUCCAAAGACAUGUGAAAAGUGCAAUACACUCGAAACAAAUAUAGUUGAGUUGAAAAAACAGGAGGAAAAAUUACAGGACCAAAUUAAUUUCCUUAAAGAAAAAUCUGAUAUUCUAACUACCAACUUACUGACGGAACAAACCAAUCAGAAGCUUAUACAACAAGAAAAGGCCGAAGUUCAAGAACAGAAUGCAAUGAUACGAAAAGACCUGGAACGCUUACAGAAACAUUUAUUGGAAAUAGAAGAAAUGCAUACUCAAGAAACAAUUGAAAUGGAACGGAAACUUAAUGAAACAAAUGCAGAGAUGUGUGCUUUACAGGACGAAGUGUCCAAAUCCAGCAAUGCCUAUACGUCUGCAAGUAUACGAGCCAAUCAACACGCUGAAACACUGCAGGCGCAGUACGCUUUGGUGAUACAGCAACGUGAUGAGUUAGUAGCGAAGUUGAGUUUAGCCGAAGACAGAGAGUUGAAAAACCAAGCGGCGCUGUGCAAUCUACAAUGUGCGUUGGAGCAGUUUCAAAAUGAUAAGGAAAGCGAAAUCAAAACUGCAACUUUACGUUUACGCAAAGACUUACAGAGGGAAGCAGAGAAAAAAGUACAACUUGAAGUUGAAAUAUCUAAUUUAAGCCAAAAUCUUUCCGAAGCUAAUGAGGGGUUACUUGCUGCUUCUCGUCUAUCUGAUCAGUUAGAAUCUUCUAAAGAAAAUAUUGCCUCCUUGAGAGAAGAAGUCGAAAUAAUAAAUCAACAAAAACUAGCUUUGGAACAAAAGCUUAACCAAAGUGAAUCGGGGCAAACGGAUAAGAUCGAAAAGAGUCUCAUUAAAAGCUUACUUAUUGGAUAUGUGGUCAGCGCUAAUCCAAAUGAUAAGAAUCAAGUUCUGCGUAUGAUUUCUUCCGUUCUAAACUUUACACAAAAUGAAUCAGAUAAAGUUGGUCUUAAUAAACAGCAAUCCAGUUGGCUUGGUUCUAUAUUAGGCGGUGGCAGUAAUCAACCAGGAGGUACACAUUCCAAUGAAAAUUUAGUAGAGGCUUUUGUACAGUUUCUAGAAAAGGAGUCUCAACCCAGAGCUAAUCAAAAUAACUUACCCAAUUUAUUAAAUAUAACACAAGCGCAACAUGCGUCAAAUAUAUCAGGUGCGUCGUCUCAAGAAGCCACUCGUCGCACCUCUACCUCAAGUAAAAGUGGCACCACACCUGCACCAAUACCCAUACAACCUAUACAAUUAAAUUCAACAAUUUUAGAUGAAUUUCAACCAAAUCGAAAUUCUAGUACGAUAUUAAAAGAUAUUCUAAGUGACUCAUGAUUAUUGUGAAUUUAAUGUAUAAUUUUAUUUUUAAACUUUUAACUAAAAUUUAAAUGUGCUAUUUAAUUUUAAAUACUGUCUU